CACAUGGUCCUGGAAGGGAUCACAGAUACAAGCCGUGGAACAUUAACUGUGGAGCCUCAACAAGAUUGCACAUUGACCACGCUUCCCUUACCUCCUGGCUGAACUUCUUUGCUUUGCCUUCGAUGGCAUCCAUAACCCAGGAACAGAUCCAUAAGUUCCGCCAAGAUGGCUUCCUUGUUCUUGACCGGUUUUUCAGCUCUGAAGUGUGUGAGGCCAUGAGGGCCCAGAUCCAAAAGAUCAUUGCUGACAUGGACGUGCCUCCUCACUGCCGUACAGAGUUUUCAACCCGGGAAGAUGAACAGCUCCAGGCACAGGGCAGCGCAGAAUAUUUCCUAACCAGCGGAGACAAAAUCAGAUUCUUUUUUGAAAAAGGUGUUUUUGACGGAAAAGGAGAUUUUCUUGUUCCAAAGGAAAAAGCUGUUAAUAAAAUUGGCCAUGCGUUGCAUGCAUACGAUUCCACCUUCAAGCAGAUCACUCACUCCUCAGACGUGCAGGUACUGGCAAGAAAACUGGGCUUUGAAAACCCAGUGGUGGUGCAAAGCAUGUACAUAUUCAAGCAACCUGGCAUCGGCGGUGAAGUGACGCCACACCAGGAUGCCACCUUUCUACAUACGGAACCUUUGGGGCGAGUGAUCGGCCUCUGGAUCGCCCUGGAAAACGCCACCCUAGAGAAUGGCUGUUUGUGGUUCAUCCCUGGCUCUCACACAAGUGGGAUCACUCGGCGUAUGGUUCGUACUCCCCCAGGCACAAUCCCCUGCACAAAGUUUGUUGGCUCUGAGCAGACGUACGAUGACAGGCAAUUCAUCCCAGUGCCUGUUGAGAAAGGUGGCCUCAUUCUGAUCCAUGGUGAGGUUGUCCACAAAAGUGAGCCGAACCUCUCCGAAAAGUCCCGCCACGUCUACACUUUCCAUAUCAUGGAGGCGAAGGACACGGCAUGGAGCCCAGAGAACUGGCUUCAGCCAACCCCUGAGUUGCCUUUCCCCUCUUUGUAUACACAAAACUAACAACUGGAGUGCAAAGUGGCGACUGACCAGCCCAUGCCUCAGAGUUCACUGCCAGCUACUUUUCCUUUUUUAAAAUCUAGCUUUGUGAUUUCUUGUUUCCAGUCUCGUCUCAUCUUUAAUGUGGAAGAUACCUCUUCCGGGCAGGAUGGGAGAAUCAGAGUCAGUGCAGUCCUUAGUGCUAGAUUGGGGAAGACCCAGGUUCUAAUCUCCACCUGGGCCACUUGGGACUCUCAGCUUAGCCAACCUCACAGGGAUGUUGUGAAGAUAAAAGGAUGGGUAUGUGUGGCAGGGAGGAGAGAACCACAUACUGUGGAGUUGUAUCCAAUGGUAGUCCAACUAGCCUAGAUCUACUGGGUUGUAUCCAAUGAAGUUCUACUCAGAGUAGGCCCAUGGAAUUUAAUCGACCUAAGCUAGUCAUUUUCAUUCAUUUAAAAGGCCAGGACUAUAGAAGGCAUUGAAAUGGAUGAAAGUGACGAACAGAGGCAUUCAUUUCAUUGGCUCUUCUCUGAGUAGAACUUUGUCAGAGACAACUCUCUGUCUCUUAUUCCUUGGAGGAAGCCUGGGAUACAAAUGUAUUAAGUAAAUAAGAUUUGUAUAAAUGAUGGAAUAUAAUUACACUAAAUAGACUGGCAGCACGAAAUAAAUCUUAAAUGUGUAGGAAUAUUCUGUGUUUUCCCUGUUUUACAGUGUUGCUUAUGAACAAGGGGGAUUUCAGUAAGGCACCAGCUAUGUCCUGCAAAAAUAACCUAUGCAUAUCUACUGGGAAGAAACUCUCACUGAAUUGAGUGGGACAUACUCCCAGGUAAAACUGCAUGUGUAGAACUGCAGACUUAACAGCACAUAAAAUCUACUGUUCAAGAUGUCCAUUAUGAAUUGCCUCCUGACAGGGUUGCUUCUGGGCCGCACACUGACAGCCACAGAAAAGACCUUUAAUCAUCAGGACCAUUAAGCCACGUAAAGAGUCCAAUAUGCUUAGACACGUUGCCUUUCCUUGAUUUAUCUUUACAACACUGCAAUACAACAGAACUAAAGUUGCUCAACUAAUUUUGAAAGCACAAUUAAAAAUGACAAACUGACAAAGA